AUGUUAAAUAAUAAAAACUGUCCAAUAAUUUUAUUAGGUGAUAGUGGUGUAGGAAAAUCAUCAAUAACAUUAAAGUUUAUUCGUGAUACAUUCGAAGAUGUUUACAACCCUACUUUCGAAAAUUCAUACAUCGCAGAGCUUGAUAUAAAUUAUGGUGAAAAGAUUAGAUUAGAAAUUUUAGAUACUGCUGGUCAAGAAGAUUUUAUUAAUCUUCGUGAUCAUUAUGCACGUAUUGGGGAAGCUUUUAUACUAGUAUAUAGUAUUACAUGUAGAGGAUCAUUUAAUGAAAUGAAACAUAUUAAAGAAAAUAUUACAAAUAUUAAACAAUGUACUGAUGUGCCAAUGAUUUUAGUUGGUAACAAGGUAGAUUUAUCAAAUACCGAAAGAAAAGUAUCAAUAGAAGAAGGUAAAUCAUUAGCAAGAUCUUUUGGAUGUGCAUUCAUUGAAACAUCAGCAAAGGAAAAUAUAAAUAUUGAAGAAACUUUCAAAACUUUGGUUAAUGAUUGGAAAAAAAGUAAAGAAAGAAAAGUAAAUAAAAAUGGAACUUUAAGGAAAACAUCCGGAUAUGCAAUUAAGAACUUAACAUUAGGAAGAAAGAAAAAUAUUAUUGUUGGAGAUAAUGAAUUUUAUGAAAAUUUUGAAAAAAUGAAUAACUCUACAUUUCAUUCAUCAAAUAGAUCCAACAGCUCAAAUUCUGUUUUAAAUUAUAACAAUAACAAUAGCAAUAAUAUCAACAAUAAGGAAAAUUUAAAACAUUAUAAUAGUUCAAACAAUAUAAAUAACCAAAAUUAUAAAAAACAUAGUGAUUCAAAGGUUGGUAAAUCAAAAUGUUUUUUACAAUAG